GUGAGAGAGAAAAUCCUCUGACGCACCGACGCAGUAGGGCUAUAUUAAGUUUGCAUUGUGGAUUGGAUAUUAUUUUAGUUUUUAAUUCAUUUUUUAGAAAAUCACAAACAACGCGAUGUCCAAAACUGUAAUUCUAAACGGACCCUCUCCUUGGGGCUUUAGACUUGUCGGUGGAAGGGAUUUCAGUACACCUUUAACAAUAUCUAAGAUAACAUCGGGAAGUAAGGCUGAGCAGGCCAAGCUGAAGCUCGGCGAUGUCAUCCUGGCCAUCAAUGGAGAAAGCACAGAGAGUAUCAGCCACAUGGAAGCACAGAGUCGCAUCAAGGGCAGUUCUGACCACCUCACACUGGACAUCAGCAGGUCAAAAGAAACAAGCGACUCUCCGUUAGUGAUUGAGGAUGACAGAACAAAGCCAUGCAAUGUUAAUGUGGAGUCUGAGUCUAAGGAUUUCAGGCCUAUUGGAAGUGGGUGCCAUGGAAAAGUGGCCCAGAACGGCCCAGAUGUGACUCUCUGCAGCAGAAACUCCAGGUUGCCCCCCCAGUGCAAUAGUCCUGCUGGGCUGUACUCACACAGAAGCAUUGGCUUACCGAAGCAAAUGGCCGACCUGAGCCUCAGCUCUCAGAGCGAUGGCACGUUCACUGGCGAGUCAGACGUCUUUAAAAUGCUGCGGGAGCCCGAAGAGCCGCCGAUGGCGCCAAAGCAGUCUGGCACAUUUCUCUACCUGCAGGGAAUGCUCGAAGCGGAAGGAGGAGGUCGUUUGCCAGGAGAGCGGCUGGCUGGGGGUAAGAGGUCCUCCGCCAAGUCCCCGCUACCCCACCUUGGCCCCAACCCCAGUGUGCAGCUACUGCCUCAGUGUACCCGCUGUGCAAAGAAUAUCAUCGGCGUGAUUGUAAAAGCCAGAGACAAGCUGUACCACCCCGAGUGCUUCCUGUGUGACGACUGCGGAAUGAAAUUGAAGGGGAAGGGCUACUUUAUCAUCGAGGAGAGUUUGUACUGUGAGACCCACGCCAAGGCCCGUGUCCAGCCCCCCGAGGGGUACGACGUCGUCGCGGUCUACCCCAACGCCAAAGUGUAGCUGGUUUGAGUCGGUGUUCGUUCAAAUAUGUGCCUUAGUUUUCAAUUUCCUACAUGGUAUGUACAAAAAACAUUAAGAUUGUGACAAGAAUGGGAGGAUUUAACAGAAGAUGAAGUUUCACAUUUCAUAAUCUCACCUGCGUUAUCGCUGCCAUGGUUUUUGAUUGGUUACACGUGUAACAGGUAGUUUCCAUGAAGUAAGGGUAUGGGGGUCUUAGUAAUACUUUGGUCUUCUUCUUUCUUUCAUUGUUUUAUGAUAUAUUAGUUUAAAUGUUUAAAUUAAUUACAUUGUUGCUCUUCAUUUAAACAUUGCAAUGGGAAGAUCUUGGUCGCUGCUUUGCAGGAAAAGCUUGUUCUGUCACCAUUACUUUCUUUGUUGCAUUAAAUUCAUGAAAUGAGUCCUCAGUUGUAUCACUUUAGAAACUGAAACGUAGGUAUUAACAGAAUGCAUGUACUGCAUGCUGCCAUUUAGCAGCAACACAGCAGGCCUCAUAUAGGAAAUGAGGUAUGUUGUGUUUAUUAGUUAUUUUGCUCCAGCUGCUGCUGUAUGAAACAGUAAUUGUCCAGUAAUUUCUUACACUGUUGCCUCUUCUGGUUUUUAAAUUGUUGUGUAAAUGACUCCGCUUUCUGCAGUAGCUACUGCUAAAGUACUUUUGGGAAAAUGUCGCCCUGCGGACUGCAACUGAAAUUCAUUUAUAUUUUAUGCAAUUACUCCAAAGGUCAAAAAUGAAAUAAAUUUGACUUUUGCCCAAAACUCUCAAAAACAAGAGAACGAAUGUUUCUGUUUAUGUCCUUACAGAUUCCGACUAUUAAUCUGCCAAACAGCUUUCAGAUAUUUCAAUCUGGCAGCUGUUCUUGUAAAGGAACAAUAAAAAUGUUGUAUAUUUUUGUCCAGAUCGGACUGUGUGGUAUUAGAUUAGAGAAAGAUUCCUUUACUCAACAUAAACAUGUGCUAAGGCAAUAUUUCGGUGUGGUGCAAUUUCAGUUUUGUAACCAGGCAUAAAUCAUUUCAGUCCUCCGUGCUGCUGACAUGUAAAUUAAACCUGGUUUUUGCUUUGCUGACAAGCUGCCAGGAGCCUCAGUCCCACAAGCAGGUGCGGUAGCAGAGGUGGUGGAAAGGCUCCCCAAUAGACACCUUCAAAGGCUAACCUGCUUAGCACGCUACUGAUGACACACAUGGCUCAUCACCGGAGAGCCCAGCCCAGAACACCAGCAUCGAGAUCUGAGAGAAGGCUGAGCAGACCGCGUGCAGGUGAUCCUUGGGACACUGCCUUGCAUCAAAGGUUGUUCUGUUACCUUUACUUUUCCAUGUUUCAUUACCAUAACUGAAACAUGGGUAUUAACAAUAUGCAUGUACUGCGCGCUACCAAUUAGCAGCACCGCGGCAGACAAUGUUGUGUUUCCUCUUAGUUACUUUCCUCUACCUGCUGUUACAUGAAACUGCAAUAGUCCUGUAAUUUCAUGUACUAUUGCUCGCCGUUUUUCUAAUUGUUGUGCAGACG